CCCUCCUGGCGUGUUUGUAAAAUUUACCUGCCAGUUUCUGAAGGCUGGAUGUGCCUGGAGGGUGUGGAGGUGUCUGACGUGACCGCGGAGCAGAAACCUGAACAGAAAGGGGAGGAGGCUACAACACUGGAAGCUAAAAUAUUUCAGGAUUGGAAGCGUGCCAAGAGAACUGUUCGCGGGAAACAUUUCUGUGCCGGCAAGGUGUAGGAAGUUUUUUCCUUCCCUCUCCAGCUGAUGACCUUGCCCUGGUGCCCGGCGGGGUGGGGUCCCGUGUGUCCCAUCGCGGCUGCCCGGGGGAUGCACCGAGCGGCGCAGCCUCGGGCGGUGCCAGGGCUCGGCGGGCCGGGCCCGGGGCAGCGGCGCGGUGCCAGCCCGGGCCGGUUCCUGCGCUUACGUCCCGCGGGCGUGUCCCUUAAAUCCCGCACGGGAGCGGCGCGGGGCAGGCGAGCGCCAGCGGAGCCGAGCGGAGCGGAGCGCUGUCGGCGGGGCAGAGAUGGCCUCGGUGGGUCCCUCCGCAGCCUCCGCGCAGCCCGCCCUGCCCUCCGGACCCGCCGUCUUCAAAACCAUCCCCUACGCCUUCAUCCUGCCCGAGAUCGUCUGCGGGACCUGGGUGUGGAUCCUCGUCGCUGCUACCUCCGUCUCCUUGCCGCUGCUGCAGGGAUGGGUGAUGUACGUGUCCCUCACCUCCUGCCUCAUCUCCCUGCUGCUCCUCUUAAGCUACCUCCUCGGCUUCCACAGGAACAGCGAGAACUGGAAAGUGCUGGACAGUUUGUACCAUGGCACCACGGCCAUUCUGUACAUGAGCGCCGCGGUCCUGCAGGCCAACGCCACCAUCAACUCUGAGUUCGGCGACAACGCGCCCCUCAACUACCAACUCAACAGCGCUGCAUCGUUCUUUGCCUUCCUCACGACCUUCCUGUACAUCCUCCACGCCUUCAGCAUCUACUACCAGUGAUCCUGGCAGCACCAGAUUGACGGGACGAGGGCUUUCCCAGUGUGAGAGACCUUGCUGUCAUCCCAAGGUGUCCCUGCUCCAGCCCUGUCACCAGGCCUCAGGAACAGCAAGUCCUUUUGCACUUCAUCACAGGAGGGAUUUUGCUGGCACACCUUGGUGUGCCUGUGGGACAUUUCCUGCCUUGCCUGGGGGAGGGACUUGUGAGGGGAGGGACUGGGUGCAAGGCCCCAAGCCUCCAGUACCGACAUUCUGCCAAAUAUUGACAACCAUGGGAAGAGGAAAAAAAAAAAUCACUGUUCCUUCAGCAAACAACCUCCUUUCUUCUGUAAUUUGCCUUUCUCCAGUUCAGCUCCAUCCCUCCCCAACACAAGUUCAUAACAAUAAUACAAGAUUGUGUUCCUUGACUUUCAGAUGGUUUCAUUUGGUAAAUGCUGUAUUUGGAAUAAAGUGUCAAUGGGCAGAU